GCUCGUCUUCGCCGUGGUUGGUACUGACAAAGGUGAACUCCAAAUCCUCGUCUUCACCGUUCUCACCGUCGCUCACAGUCGUUGGAGAAUGUGCAGGAUAUGUAUAACACAUUGUGAAUAAAGGUUCACACCUUCGAGCAUAAUACUCACCUUGAAUUCUGAAUUUCACUUGCUAAUUUGGUUUAUUGGGUGGGUAUGACUCAGAUGAGUCUUGUGACGGAUUCUCCAGUAAAUUCUUCCAGCAGUGAUGACUUUAUUGCGUAUCUGGAUUCUGCGCUAGAUGCAAGUUCACCAGAUGCUACGCAAUUGAGUAAAGAAGCUGAGAAUCAAGAUGAAUCUGAGACUAUCAGAAUUAAAAGACGUAAAGUUGAAGGCAUAGGGGAGGCUGGGGGGUCUACUUCACAAGGAUUCGUGGAGGAGAGUUUAGAGGUGACUGUGAAGGAAGAUGCAUGUACACAUCCUGGUUCGUUUGGAGAUAUGUGUAUACGUUGUGGACAGAAACUAGAUGGGGAAGCUGGCGUGACAUUUGGGUACAUACAUAAGGGAUUGAGACUUUAUAAUGACGAAAUUUCUAGAUUGCGCAAUACAGACAUGAAGAAUUUAUUGCGCCAUAAAAAGCUGUACUUAGUUCUUGAUUUGGAUCACACUUUGCUGAACUCUACUCAGCUUGUUGAUUUGAACUCAGAAGAGGUGUAUUUACUGAACCAGGCAGAUUCUCUGGCAGAUGUGUCUAAAGGCAGCCUCUUCAAGUUGGAUUAUAUGCAUAUGAUGACCAAGUUGAGGCCUUUUGUGCGCACAUUUCUAAAAGAAGCGAGUGAGAUGUUUGAAAUGUACAUAUAUACCAUGGGUGAUCGGGCCUAUGCAUUAGAGAUGGCUAAACUGCUUGAUCCAAAGGGAGAAUAUUUCCAUUCUAAGGUGAUUUCUCGAGACGAUGGCACUCAAAAGCAUCAGAAGGGUCUUGAUAUUGUCCUGGGGCAAGAAACUGCCGUUCUUAUUCUUGAUGAUACAGAAAAUGCAUGGAUGAAGCAUAAGGACAAUCUUAUACUGAUGGAAAGAUAUCAUUUCUUCGCUUCGAGUUGUCGACAGUUUGGUUUCAAUUGCCAAUCUCUCACCGAGUCGAAGAGUGAUGAAUGUGAAUCUGAUGGGGCACUCGCAAGAAUUCUCAACGUGCUCAAGCAAGCCCAUCACACGUUCUUUGAGGAACUUAAAGAUGAUCUUGCAGACCGAGAUGUGAGGCAGGUUUUGAGAACUCUUAAGGGUGAAGUAUUGAAGGGAUGUGUGCUCGUAUUCAGCCGGAUAGUUCAUGCCAUGUUACCGGCUCUUCGGAAGAUGGCAGAACAGAUGGGGGCCACAUGUUUGACAGAAGUUGACUCCUCAGUGACACACGUGGUUGCAACUGAUGCGGGGACAGAGAAGGCGCGUUGGGCAGUGAAGGAGAACAAGUUUUUGGUUCAUCCAAGAUGGAUAGAGGCUGCAAAUUAUUUUUGGCAGAAGCAGCCUGAGGAUAACUUCACCCUCAAAAAGAAGCAAUAGGGGCCUUCUUUUCCACUCUGUUAAACUGUUUUUUCUUGUAGUUUGCUUAGAUGUUAUUAUAGCAACCCCAGGUUUUGAUCUAAUUGUUAACAAAUUAACAUUUAUCAAUCCACUGAAUACCACACGUAGCUAGUGGGGAUGUUAACGGAGUCAAUGCAGUAUUUUCUUGUGGGAAGAUGUAUGCUGAUUAAUCAUGCUUGUUUUUGUAGAUGUCUUUCUUUAACAAAACUUAGUUCAAC